AUGAGAAUUGUGAUUCUGGUGAUGCUCCUAUGCCUCACCACCACGUGCGCUUCUUCUGGGCAUGCAGCAAGAAUCAUUGAAGAGGCAGGAGGACGAGAUUUGUCUUCUUUUUCUUCCUCUUCAAAACCCCAUUGGAAUAGCAAUGGCGGGAAUAAUAGGAGAGUGAUAGAUGUGAAGGGAGGCCCAGAAUCAGUGGUGUGGGUGGUUCAGCUCUCUGAUCUCCAUUUCAGUGUCCACCACCCCGACAGAGCUCGUGAUUUCAAAACCAUUGUGGGCUCUGCUCUCUCCAUGAUCAACCCCUCCCUUGUCCUCAUCACUGGUGAUCUCACAGAUGGGAAAAGCAAGGACUUGUUAACAAUGAAGCAAAAUGAGGUUGAGUGGAUUGAAUACCAGAACAUAAUGGAAGAUGUUAUAAAAAGAAGUGGACUUGAGAAGAGUGUCUUCUUCGACCUUCGAGGGAAUCAUGAUAAUUUUGGUGUGCCAGCUGUUGGUGGUUCAUUUGAUUUCUUUUCAAACUAUAGCAUCAAUGGAAAGUUGGGCAGAAGUCAGAAUGUCAAUAGUGUCACCCUUCAGAAUGGCGAGCAGAAACAUCUCUUUGUCGGUUUUGACAGCACAAUGCCUGUUGGUUUACGAGGUCCAACUAAUCUUUUUGGGCAUCCUACUGAUCAACUGUUAGCUGAAUUAGAUUUGGAGCUCUCUCAGUGGAAUUCUCAAUCAACAAAACCAGUGACCAAGAUCUCCUUCGGGCAUUUUCCACUAUCAUUCUCAGCACCGUCAUAUUCUGGAAAGAGUCUAAAAGAUAUUUUCCUCAAGCAUUCGCUAUCAGCUUACCUAUGUGGGCAUCUCCACUAUGGGUUUGGUAAGAAUUUGAAGCGUCACCACCAGUCUAGUCAUCAUUUUUUGUCCCUGCCAAAGUUUUUCCAGUUUAAUAUACACCAAGUAUCUUCUGGAAGUGAUGUAAAUUGUUCUUUUGGAGCCCCACAAAUUGAAGAAUUCUGGGAGUGGGAGAUGGGUGACUGGAGGAAGAGUAGAGCAAUGCGAAUUUUGGCCAUUGAUAGAGGUCAUGUUUCAUAUGUUGACAUUGACUUUAAGUCAGGAACUAAAAAAACAAUUAUAUUACCCACAUUUCCACUAGACUCACGCUUCAUGUCAACAUCUUCAUCACUUCGCAAGUAUGAAUGUCAAGUUAUGCUGCCAUCAUCAUAUGACUCAGUUAGAGCCCUGGUCUUUUCCGUUUCUCCUAUUGUGUCUGUUAUGACUAAGAUCUAUGACACCAGACCUGGAAAUCUCAGUUUGGUCAUGGAGACAUCUAUGACGAAGCUUUUGGAUAACACCGCCAGGGGAGAUCUUUAUGCUGCUCCUUGGAAUUACAAAGCAUUUGAGGACCCAUCUCCCGAUAGAUUUUGGCUGCAAAUUGAAGCAACUGACAUCUUGGGCAGAUCAACUUUGACUGAAUUAAAGCCAUUUUCUGUUAAUGGUCUUAGUGCCAAGAUCUCCUGGACAUGGAAGGAAUUUUUUGUAAUGGGUUGUCAGUGGGCUGCCUUGUAUUACCCCAUAUUCUGGCUUGCUCUGUAUUUUAUGUUCUCCAUUCUUCUCAUUCCAAAAGCUCUCUUGAUCUUCUCAAAGAAGCAGUAUACGUACAAAAAUUUCAUUGCCAAUAAAGGCUUCCUAAAUGGCACAGCAUGGGUUCUACAAGAGCUGUGCAGGCUUCCCAUAGUAUGGUAUGGCAUGUUAGGAUACUUGUUCCACCUUAUAUUAUUCCCCUGGUUUUUUGGGCAAGUUUUACCUGAUGUUGAGGAUAGAGGAUACAUGACUUAUAUGGGCUGGGUAGUUAAAAGUUAUGAUGAAAGGGGAAAACUUGAUUAUGUUGGAUCUCCAGAUAUAAUGGUGCUGGUUCUUCCCCAUCUCUUAUUUGUGGUUUUGCCUGCUAUUUUGGUUACUGUAGCUUUGGCUGCUGAAAGAGGGUUCUAUAGGGAACAUUUUCUAUCAUGUUCAGGAAAGAAAGAAGAUGAUUAUGAUCGGGAAAAGAAGAGGUCUCUAUUGUAUGAUCACCGACGCAGUGGAAAUUCGAAGUUCCAUUUAGGCGAGCGUUGGAUACGAAAAGUUCUCUUGGUGGUGUGCCUUGUGAUCUUUUGGAAGCAUUUUAAGAGCUGCAGGGCUUUAGUAAAAGCUUAUGGGAUGAAUCCAUUGAUCCAUUUUCCUGGAUAUAGCCUUUCAGUUCCAGUAUUGCUAGCUUAUGCCUUCUUCAAAACCAGGAAUAUCUGAGGAGCAUUGCAGAGAGUAAAUAUGUGUUAUUCACCGAAGUUUAUAUGGAUUAUACAACUACUUGAUGUAAUAGCAAAUGUUGCCCUUUUUCGUCUACUUGUUUUCAAGUCACCACAACUGCUGAAGACUCGCAACCAAAACCUAAAAAAGGGGCAAGAAGGCAAUCCACAAACUUAAUGUGAUAUGGGAGAGGUAGAUAUCUCUUUCUGCAGAAAAUUAAUUUUUUAGAUUUCAUCCCCUAAAGGACAACAUUUCUCUGUAAAUAAAUCCAUUUAGAACCUAAGAAAGUAGGGAAAUAGAAUCUUGAGAAGCUUAAGGUUUUGCCUAGAAGUUGAUAAUGAGAUUUAUGAUUCCCUUUUGUUCUGCUGAAGCCAAAAGCUUGAGAGUGACUCGUGGGUCUUUUAGCUCUGCUUCUGCUUGAUUUUGAAGACCACAGCAAAGGACUUUUGACUCCUACUUCCAUGUUGUUUGCGUUUCAUUCCAUGUGUUUG